AUGGGCAUUGAUUGUGUCGGUAAUGUUUCGAGAAGAGUGAACUUCCUACUGGUAGUGGAGGCAGCGAGGCAUUUUGCUUCCGAGAUGCUUUGCAUAUUUGAGCCGUGCAUUGAAGACCAGCUUCCUCCAGAGAAGUCUGUGGAGGACGUGAAGCCCCUGGAGAAGAAGAAGCAAGGGCUCCGCAAGACGAUCCGGGAUUUGGAGCGGGACAUCGCGUUCGCCGAAGAUGAUCAGGAGCGCACCGAGGCACGCCUGGCCAAGCACAAGGCCCACCGCGCCAAGAUCCUGGCCGAGAUUGACCAAGUCUGCCAACAGGUCGAAGAAGGGAAGCAAAACCAGGCCAUGCUGGAAUCACAGGUUCAGCAAGCAAAGUUGCAACUCGAGGAGGUGUGCGCGGCGCGAGACCGAUUGAAGGAGAAGGUCAGCUCUGAAGCACAGGAGCUGCAGAUUGUCGAGGUCGAGCUGAAGCGUGCGUCCAUGGAGCUGGAGUCUGCCAAGGAGGAGAAGCUGCACCUCGAUGUGAAGAUUUUCCACCAGACGGAGGAGAACAAAUCGCUAAAGGGAGAGCAUCAGCGCAUGAGCUUAGAGGCUGCCGCCGUGCGAGCUCAAAUGCUCGCAGCCCGCGAGGAGACGGACGAAGCCACGAAGGCCGGAGAGACGGGGCCGGGCGGCUACCAAUUUACCAGUCUUUUAGUGUAUCUUCAGGUGCCACUGCUCUAA